CAGUUGUUGGUACAAAGGCGACAAGUCUGGACGGUUUUUUCUUUAAAAAAAAGUUUUUUUUCAAAACGUAGGAAAUCGAAUUUGUAUGAGAGCAAUGGAGAAAUAUUUUUAAAAUUUUUUUUUGAAAAUAAACAUAUAUAUAUAAAAAAAGAAAAAAUUUACGUAAUACAUAUAGAAAUUUUAAAGAAAUUUACAGAAAAUUACUUUGAAAAUUAUUUGAACAAAAAAAAAAAAAAAAAAAAAAAAAAAAAAAAAUGCGUAAAAAUUAUUAAAAAACCGUAAAAAAAUGUUUAAGAAAAUCUUGUUAUUUUAUGGGCUGCUGUUAAUGUUGCAGAUAAAACUAUCGCAAGAAUUUAUAGAUGAGUCAAAAACGGAAGUAAAAGUGGGUGCUUUAUUUUUUAAAAAUGAAGAUGCCACCGAAUUGAGUUUUGAUGAAGCUUUUCGUGAAUUAAAUAACAUUAAAUUGUUUGAAUUGAAAUUUGUGACAAUAAAACGUUAUGUACCAUAUGAUGAUAGUUUUAUACUGCAGCAGUUGACUUGCGAAUUAAUUGCCAAUGGCGUUGCGGCCAUAUUUGGACCAAGUUCAAAAGCAUCUUCUGAUAUAGUAGCCUUAAUAGCGAAUACAACGGGUGUACCACACAUGCAAUACGAUUGGAAUAUAGAAACGGCCAUAGAACAGCGUAAACUUAAUCAUCGUAUGACCGUAAAUGUAGCACCAUCUCAAACUGUCCUCUCACAGGCCUAUUUGGAUAUAAUAAAGACCAGCUUUGGUUGGAAAAAAUUCACCAUAUUUUAUGAGACACAAAAAGGUCUAGCACGUUUGCAGGAUCUAAUGGAUAUACAGUCGGUGAAUAAGGAUACUAUUAAGUUGAAAAAUAUAGCCGAAUAUGAGCAUGAUAUAAGAGUUUUGUGGAAAGAAGCCGAAGAAAUAUUUCAUGAGAAUAGAUUGAUAAUGGAUUGUGAACCAGAAUCUUUGGUGAGGCUAAUGAAUGCCGCCAAAGAUUUUAAGUUAUUGGGUCCGUUUAGGAACUGGUUUCUAACUCAUAUGGAUUCACAUAGUUCGGGUUUGCAAGAUGUCUAUAAUGCUGAUUUUAAAUCGAAUAUUACUUCGGUAAGAUUAAAGCUAAUCGAUCCUAAUCCUUAUGAGAGACGUAAGACACGUAUUACCUUGGUAGAUCAAAUUUUAGCAAAUCAAACUAUGAUGCCCAUAUUAAUAUAUGAUGCUGUGAUCUUAUAUGCCAAUGCAGCCCGUAAUAUUAUUGCCAAUUUAAAAGAGUAUCAUGAACCCUAUAAACGUUGUGGAUUUGGUCGCUCGGAUCGCUGGUACAUAGGCAGUUUGAUAGUGCAGGAAAUGAAGGAGAUUUCCGAAGACGAUGUAGAACCUCCAUUCAAAACCGAAAGCAUGAAAAUCGAUGAAUAUGGACAGAGAUCUGAAUUUAAUUUGGAAAUCUAUAAACCCACCGUAAAUGAACCUAUAGCCUUGUGGAAAUCUUCCGAUCGUUCCAUAACACCCAUAACAAGACGUCAAGAAUUACAAAGUUCCUCCUCAUCAUCUACACAGGAUUUUUCGCAAGAAAAAAAGACCUAUACGGUGGUGUCACAUUUUGAAGAACCAUACUUUAUGCUGAAACAAGAUUAUGAAAAUUUUCGAGGUUCUGAGAGAUACGAAGGUUAUGCAGUGGAUUUGAUAAGAAAAUUAUCGGAAAUUAUGGAAUUUGAAUAUGAAUUCACACUGGUCGAUAGUAAUGGCAAAUUUAAUCCGCAGACCAAACAAUGGGAUGGUAUAAUGAGAAAGUUAAUCGAUCAUCAUGCUCAAAUAGGUAUUUGCGAUUUGACCAUAACCCAAUUGCGUCGACAAUAUGUUGACUUUACCGUACCCUUUAUGCAGCUGGGUAUAAGUAUUCUCUUUUACAAGGCUGAUCCUCAGCCAAAAGAUAUGUUUGCCUUUUUGCAGCCCUUUGCCAAGGAAGUAUGGUAUUUUAUGAUUCUAACACAAUUGGUUAUAACAUUGUUGUUUAUGUUUAUGGCCAGAAUUUCCAGUCAUGAAUGGGAAAAUCCACAACCUACUAAUCCUGAUCCCGAUCAAUUGGAGAAUGCUUGGCGUACCCGCAACGCAGCCUGGCUAAUGAUUGGUUCUAUUAUGCAACAGGGUUGUGAUAUAUUACCCAAAGGUGCUCCCAUGCGUAUUUUGAGUGCCAUGUGGUGGUUUUUUGCUCUCAUGAUGUUGAGUACGUAUACCGCCAAUUUGGCUGCCUUUUUGACCAGCAACAGAAACAAGCCGAGCAUUAAUAAGCUGCAAGAUCUUAUCGAUCAAGAUAAAAUUAAAUUUGGCACCGUUAAGGGAGGCAGCACUUCACUAUUCUUUUCGGAAUCAAAUGAUACCGAUUAUCAUAAAGCCUGGAAUCAAAUGAAGUCUUUUGAACCUUCUGCCUUUACCUCCUCCAAUAAGGAGGGUGUGGAGAGAGUACGCAAGGGUCAAGGCAAUUAUGCUUUCUUGAUGGAAACCACUGGUCUUUUGUAUAAUACCGAAAGAGAUUGUUAUCUCCAGCAGAUUGGUGAUCAAAUAGGUGAAAAACAUUAUGGUUUGGCAGUACCAUUGGGAGCAGAAUAUCGCACGAAUCUAAGUGUUUCCAUACUGCAGUUAAGUGAAAAGGGAGAAUUGCUGAAAUUGAAAAACAAAUGGUGGAAGAAUACCACUAAAACAUGCGACAAUCUAGAGGAUGAUGUUUUAGAUGGUGAUGAAUUGUCUCUAAUAGAAUUAGGUGGUGUAUUUUUGGUCUUAGCUGGUGGUAUAGUAGUGGCCAUUAUAAUAGGUAUCUGUGAAUUUUUAUGGAAUGUCCAGAGAGUUGCAGUAGAGGAAAUGGUCACUCCCGGCGAAGCCUUUAAAGCUGAAUUGAUAUUUGUUUUAAAAUUUUGGAUUACCAAAAAACCUAAUCGUAUUUCUAGCAUAACGACCACCACCGACACCUCUAGUAGUUCACGUUCUUCCCGCUCUACCUCACGACGUUCUUCUUCGCAGUCCAAACAGUCGAAACACUCGAAACAUUCUAAUAAAUCGAGACGUUCAAAACGUUCGAAACGUUCACGAUCACGCAGCAAGAGCAGAAGUAAAAAUCGUUCAAGUUCUUCUUGAGGGAAAUUCUUAAAAUUAAUGCAAAAGUAUACAAAAUGUAAUUUUAUAAAAUGUUUUUAAUAAAUUGUGUUUUUUAAUAAAAUUUAA